CCGGAGGGCGGAGACGUUGGGGAAACGGCGAACGUGAAACCGGAAGGGAUGUCUUAAAGGGAAGGGCUCUAUUUCACUUCCGACUCGUGUCGGCCGGGCUGGCUCCGCCCUCUUAAAGAGCAAGGGGCUGCUUUUUAAAGGGGCGGGGCAGGGUGUGCAGUUUACAAGUGCUUCACGCAUUUUCCCUCGCCUAAGAAUGAAUUAUCUCUUUAAAGGCCAACGACAGUGUUCCAGGCACUGAAGGAAAAGUAUCUGAAUCCUGGUGGCUUCAAAGCAGUUCCUAGUUUAGCUCAACAAGGUGGAGACUGGUGUGCUUUAGCAGCGUCCUCUUAAAGGGGAAGUCGGGCCGAUGGAAGGGUGUGGUCCGGCCUUUUGAAGUGUGUGCUCUUUAUUGGUUAAGAUGGGUCCGAGCUCUUCCAGACCACGGAUGUCUCCUGUUUAAGGCAAGCCGGCCUUCUGAAAGGCACGUGCUUGUUCCCUAGGAUAAUCACUUAAAAGGAGUUGCUUACAUUUUAAAGGGAACGCUCAUCUUUUUGAAGGGAAUCUUUAUAGCCUGUCCAGAGGGGCUGCCCAGCUUUCUUUAACCCAGGAUAUGUUCACUGAGCGUUCUCUCUGUGGCAGACGUUACUCUAGGCGCUGAGAUGUAAAAGUGAACAAGAUGCCUCUAGUAUCUGGUGGGCAUAGGUCAGGGAUGCUGCUAAACAACUUCCAAGGCAGCCAGCCCCUGGACGCUGGUCCAGCCCCAAAUCUUAACAGUGCUGAAGCUGGGAAAUCCUGAUUAUAAAGUAGGUUAGACGGUAGUUAACCCUAUGGAGAAAAAAAUAAGGCAGAGAAAGACAAUAGGGAGUAUUGGGAGGGUUUGUAGAGUUAAGUAGGGUGCUCAGGGGAAUACCUCCCCGAGGUCACAUUUCAGCAGACUGGGAGGUGAAGGAGGGAGCUCACUGGACAUUGGAGGGAAGGGGGUACUAGGCAGGGAGUCGGUGUGAGGGCCGCAGGUGAAAGCAGGUGACUAGGGUGCUGUGAGGGAUGGAGAAGCUAUUGGAGGGCAGUCAGGGAGGGGAGGAGGUCGUGGGGCUCGGGAAGUCUGUAGGUUCUUGUAAUUGAUCUGUCUUCUCUCAAAUGAGAGCUGUGGAAAGCUUUUGCACAGAGGAACGAAAUGGCCCAUCCUCCGUCUGUUAGUAGUUUGGAUUCAGCCUGUGUGUUAGGAACAGACUGGGGGUGGGAAGAGUAAGGGUAGAGACAGGGAGAUCUAUCAGGAAGCUGUUGCAGCUGCCCAGGAGGGAGAUACUGGUACCCUGGACAAAGGUGGUACUGGGGGACUUGGUGGGAAGUGGCCAGAUUCCAAGGAUGCUCCUGCUGGAAUCGGGGAAUCGGCUGACAGACUGGUCCUGGAAAGUGAAAGAAAGAGAGGUGUGAUGGUUGGAUCCCACGCAGACAUGGCGCCGGCCUCUACCGCAGAGGGGGCCGGGGAGAAGCCGGGACCCGCGGCUCCCGCUCCGACGGCCCAGUAUGAGUGUGGGGAGUGCGGCAAGUCCUUUCGCUGGUCAUCCCGGCUCCUGCACCACCAACGCACGCACACGGGAGAGCGGCCCUACAAGUGCCCCGAUUGCCCCAAGGCCUUCAAGGGCUCCUCAGCCCUGCUGUAUCACCAGCGGGGCCACACGGGCGAGCGGCCCUACCAGUGCCCCGACUGCCCCAAGGCCUUCAAGCGCUCGUCACUGCUGCAGAUCCAUCGCAGCGUGCACACAGGCCUGCGGGCCUUCACCUGCGGCCAGUGCGGCCUGGCCUUCAAGUGGUCCUCACACUACCAGUACCACCUGCGGCAGCACACGGGCGAGCGGCCCUACCCUUGCCCGGACUGCCCCAAGGCCUUCAAGAACUCGUCCAGCCUGCGGCGCCACCGGCACGUGCACACGGGCGAGCGGCCCUACACCUGCGGCGUGUGCGGCAAGAGCUUCACGCAGAGCACCAACCUGCGGCAGCACCAGCGCGUGCACACCGGCGAGCGGCCCUUCCGCUGCCCGCUCUGCCCCAAGACCUUCACGCACUCCUCCAACCUGCUGCUGCACCAGCGCACCCAUGGCAGCGCGGCCGCCGCCCCGGCCGCGGCCUCCGCCUCCGCCCCUCCGCCGCGGGAGCCGGGUGGCAAGGUCUUGGUCUCCGAUGCCUACCUGCAGCGGCACCUCCAGCCCCCCAGCCCGCCUGCGCCCCCACCGCCUGCGCCCCCGCCCGUGGUGCCCGAGCUCUUUCUGGCCGCGGCUGAGACCACAGUGGAGCUGGUGUACCGCUGCGACGGCUGUGAGCUGGGCUUCGGCAGCGAGGAGCUGCUCCUGGAGCACCAGCCCUGCCCUGGGCCCGAGGCGCCGCCUCCGCCCCAGGACGCGCCCACCGAGCCACCCAAGGCUGACCCUCCCCCGCCGCCCUCUCUGACUCCGUCGUCCCCCCUGCCGCACCCCCAGCCGGGCGUCGCUGCCGCCCCUGGCUUUGCCUGCCUCCCCUGCGGGAAGUCCUUCCGGACGGUGGCCGGCCUCUCCCGUCACCAGCACAGCCAUGGGGUGGCUGGCGGGCAGGCAUUCCGCUGUGGCAGCUGUGACGGCGCCUUCCCGCAGCUGGCCAGCCUCCUGGCACACCAGCAGUGCCACGUGGAAGAGGCCGCGGCCGGGCGCCCGCCUCCCCAGGCUGAGGCUGCCGAGGUCACCUGUCCCCAGGAGCCUCUGGCCCCCGUCCCCGCCCCGCCUACUCCCGCACCUGCCCCGGCUUCUGCCGAGCGACCCUACAAGUGCGCUGAGUGUGGCAAGGCAUUCAAGGGCUCAUCCGGGCUGCGCUAUCACCUGCGGGACCACACGGGUGAGCGGCCCUACCAGUGCGGUGAGUGUGGCAAGGCCUUCAAGCGCUCGUCGCUGCUUGCCAUCCACCAGCGCGUGCACACGGGCCUGCGGGCCUUCACCUGCGGCCAGUGCGGCCUCACCUUCAAGUGGUCCUCACACUACCAGUACCACCUGCGGCUGCACUCGGGCGAGCGGCCCUACGCCUGCGGGGAGUGCGGCAAAGCCUUCCGCAACACCUCGUGCCUGCGGCGCCACCGGCACGUGCACACAGGCGAGCGGCCCCACGCCUGCGGCGUGUGCGGCAAGAGCUUCGCCCAGACCUCCAACCUGCGGCAGCACCAGCGCGUACACACGGGCGAGCGGCCCUUCCGCUGCCCGCUUUGCCCCAAGACCUUCACGCACUCCUCCAACCUGCUGCUGCACCAGCGCACCCACUCAGCUGAGCGCCCUUUCGCCUGCCCGAUCUGCGGCCGCAGCUUUGUCAUGGCCGCCUACCUGCAGCGGCACCUGAGGACGCAUGCCCCCGCCAACACUGCUUCUGGCCCCGCAGCCCCGCCUGCCGGCCCCCAGCCUCCUGCCCCACUGGCUGCCGCCCCAGCCCCCUCUGCCACCCAAGAUGUCCACGUCCUCCCCCACCUCCAGGCCACACUCUCCCUGGAGGUGGCAGGGGGUACGGCCCAGGCCACACCCCCGGGCCCAGCAGCCCCCAACUCCCAGACGUUUCUCCUGGUGCAGACUGCCCAGGGUCUCCAGCUGAUCCCCAGCAGCGUCCAACCCUCCACACCCCCGCCCCCACCUGCACCCCCCAAGCUCAUCUUGCUGCCCUCCAGUACUGGUGGUGGGGGCAGCCAUGCCAGGCAGGGCCCACGAGCUGGGGGGAAAGCUGGUCAGGGGGCUGGAGUAGUCUGGCUGCCAGGCCCUGGAGGGUUAGGGAUGCAGGGAGGGAGCAACACCGGGGCCAGCACGGGAGGGCAGAGCCUCAUAGUUCUGCAGAAUGUGGGGGGUGGGGAGACAGGGCCGCAGGAAGUGAGUGGGGUCCAGCUCCAGCCCCUUCGGUCAGCCCCAGAACUGACCACGGUCCAGAUCCAGCCAGCCCAGGAGGUGACCACAGUCCAGCUCCAGCCAGCACAGGAGGUGACCACGGUCCAGCUCCAGCCAGCACAGGAGGUGACCACGGUCCAGCUCCAGCCUGUGGCAGGUCAGCUGUCCAGUUCCAGUGGCGGAGCCAUGACUACUGAGGCCCCUAACCUACUGGUGGUUCAGAGUGGGGCAGCCGAGGAGUUGCUGGCAGGCCCUGGCCCCGGGGAGCCUGGUGAUGGUGAGGCCAGCACUGGUGUGGUCCAGGAUGUGCUCUUUGAGACCCUGCAGACGGAUGAGGGGUUGCAGAGCGUCCUGGUGCUGAGCGGGGCUGAUGGGGAGCAGACCCAGCUGUGUGUGCAGGAAGUGGAGACCCUACCCCCAGGGCUGGCUGAGCCGCCAGCCCCUGGCCCACAGGGACAGAAACUGCUCAUUAUCCGCAGUGCUUCAGCCACAGAGCUGCUGGAGAAUGGCAGCGUUGGGGGAGGUGCAGCCGCGCUGCAGCUGCUGGCCCCCCCACCACCUAGCCCGGCCUCUGCUCCUGCGGGCCUCCCUGCGGCUCCUGCCUCCCAGAUGGUACAAGUGGUCCCUGCAGGAGCUGCACCUGGUGGCAUGACCUCACAGGGUCUACCCUCUAUCCAGAUUGUCCAGACUCUGCCCGCAGUCCAGCUGGUGCACACGUUUUGACUAGAGCCACUGUUACCUCUUCCUGCCCUACACAGAGACCCGGACGCACUGUCCACCAUGGCUAAGCUAAGAUCGGGGGAGGGGAGCUGCAGGCUGGACUUGCUAAUAAAGACCAGAAUCUCC